GAACAGCUGUGUCGUGUUUUGGGAUGGGAACAGAUUGUUUACUAAUCACACUAUAGAAUAAAGUGUUUGCUGUUCGCGUUAUAGUGAAGUUAAUUUCACAUUGGAAGCGGUAGAAUGUCCUCCGAUAGAGCCUUCGAAUUAGUCCGGGAGUUGACAAGAACAACAGAAACGAUUCCGCCCUUCAACGAUGAUGGAGUUCGAACCGUUCUGGAGGAUAUUAAUAAAAUUUAUCAGGAAAAUUAUAGCUUCGCUGUGUCCUACAACCAAACCGGCGAUCGGAAGUACCUCCCCCUGGUCAUGUACCGGCACAAGCUGAUCCAGCGACAGAAGCGUUGCAUGAUGGUCUAUUUGUACAACCGGAUCCAGAAGCUGAAGAAGGUUCGGUGGCAUCUGGGCGCCACGCUGCCCGCCGACAUUAAAGCCAAUCUCAACGAGCCAGAGCUGCAAUGGUUCAACAAUUACUCCAAGAUGCUGGCUAGCUACAUGAUGACGAUCGGCGACGGUCAGGGACUGAAUCUGACCAACGAUAUUAAACCGCCCAAGUCGCUAUUCAUCGAAGUUCGCUGCCUCACCGAUUACGGGAAGUUCGAGCUGGAGAGCGGCGAAAUUGUGCUGCUGAAGAAAAAUAGCCAACACUAUUUGCCGAAGCUGCAGUGCGAGGCGCUCAUCCGGCAGGGUAUCCUGCAGCACAUUGUUUGAUGUGAAUAAUUUGGCGAGGGAAUGUAACUAUGUAAGCAAACGAAAGGAUUAAAUGAAUUUACAACAAUAAAUACGCUUAUUUGAAA